AUGCCGCCUCGAACUCAAGACCCUCAACACUACUCCCCUCUCCUGUGGACCAUACUUGCCAUCAACAACAUCAUUGCCUUUUGCCAGUCUCUCGCCGGCAACGCCCAUUUCCGAGAUUCCGAUGCCAACAUCAGCGAUGCCCGAAGGUCCCAGCAGCUUCUCACGCCACAAUACUCCAAGAUGGGCCGUGCUGUUGCGAAGAUGUUCAUAGACACAGCUCUGGCCUUCUUGGCUAUCGCGGUCAGCAUCCUCGGUUUUGUGAUCGAGGUCCACAUGGCAGCACCGGACUGGUGGGAAGAGUGGCUUUGGUCUGGUCGCCGGAAUGAACCCAGUCUGCACGACAGGAAAUCUGCUCCAUCCACUCCCCAAGAACAAGACUUUUCCGCCCGACAGCGAACAUUGUCACCGAAGGCAGAAAUCCCCUCGGUGCGCGCGAAGCAACACUGCAGCGCGACAACGAAGACGGGGCGUCGGUGCAAAAAUACAGGUACACAUGACGGGGCCGCCCGGCCGGUUCUCUGCGCCGUACAUAAGAAGCAGUAUGGGCAAAUAUUGUAA